AUGGGGCUCCCCACGCCGCCCUCUGAAUCUCCCUCUGACCCCUUCCCGGAGCCCUCCCGCAAUGGCUAUCCGAAAAGCCUGGCCAUAGGCCGAAACCGCAGCGAUUUGCUUCACGGACUACUUGAUUCAAGCCUUCAACAGGCCCUCGAAGUCCACGAAGGCCUUACCAGACCAGAUCUGUCUGAAUACCGAAACUCUUGCUUGUGGCAACAGGAUUUCUGGUCCGAAGAUGCUAUCAAGCUUCCUACCUUGACGCACUGUUCGGCAGUGGAGAAAUACUGUCAUGUCUUUCGCUAUGUUAAUAUGCUUAUAGCCAGGAGUUCGGAUCAGGAACUACGGCUUUGCAGCUCACGCAUGUUAUUAUAUCUAUCUUAUGAAACACUAACACAGAAAUGGCGGCGUGAUUUGCGUUCUGGAAACCUAGAAAAUCCCAAGCAGCAUCAUGCUUCAACCCUCACAACCGAUUAUCUGCUGAGGUACAUGUAUCCGGAGACGUGGGAUUCAAUGGAUGUGGUAGCAAAGAAAUCACUCCGAAGGAAACUCCAAGAUGAAAAGAGACAGGAUAGUCGCUGGUGGCGAGCGAGCCGCAAGCGUAUUAAGCCUUGGGGUUUUGCUAAAAAUCACAAAGAAGUCCCUCUAUGGAAGCUUGAUACUAUUAUCAACUACGUUGCUAAUGCCCACCCUGCAGCGGUAUCGCUUUAUUGUGAAUUCGAUGCUAUGAAAAUUGAGAAGAACUGGGUGCAUUAUGACCCUGCCACUCUGUCUCAAGAACUUAUCCAAAGUGUUUUUGAGCAAUAUGUUUAG